AAGACAAACAAGAGUAAAUGUGUGACUACAGCUUUAAUAUUUUCUCACUUUUAGCUGGAUGGGGAGAUAUAUUAGGUGCCGUUUCUAACGUCGGACUGAGUGAACCGGAUGUUGUGUGAAUGUCAGAGACGGCGUUUCACAUGUCGCGGUGAUUUCUCUCCUGAGAGCCGCAGUAAUGUGGUGAAUUUAUCUGAGGAGGAAAUGUCUCUGACCGGAAUGAGCCGAAGUCUGCGGCUGCUGUUCGCUCAUAUUCAACGAUGUAACGUCAGUCCAGCUGUGGCUACAAACCAGACAGCUCGGUGUCUGAGUCAGGCAGCCUCCCAGCCGGAGCCCAGCGCAGAUGAAAAUGAAGCUGUGAACCCGACCUUUGUGAACAGAAACCCACGGAACCUGGAGCAGAUGGCUCUGGCUGUGAAGGACCGAGGCUGGAAGACAACCUGGCCUCACCGGGAGUUCUACCACAGGUUGGUGUUUUCUCGCACCCAGCAUCACGUGACGGCAGAAGUGUUCUCCAGCAGCUCUCCUGUCCCGGUGCUUUCCUGUUCGACCAAGGAGUGGGCGGUGAAGAAGGAACUGGCUUCCACAAACUGCGUGGCAGCGUGUCAGGCUGUGGGCGAAGUGCUGGCACAUCGAUGCCAGCAGGCCGGCAUCACCAGGAUGGUGUACAGGGCGAUUCCCUGGACGUACCGCUCUGACGCUGUUCAGUCUUUCAGGGCAGCGAUGAAAGAUGGAGGAAUCACCCUCAGCGAGCCCAGAAGAAAAUACGUCGGGACCUGAAUUUUGGUUUAAUCUGUCACAUCUGUUUUGUAAAAUGAGUAAAAAUGUCUAAAUGUUAAGAUGACCACCAUUACACUAUAUGAAGUGAAUCAGACUCAAGUGGUGAGAGUAAAGCUUCUUGUUCCUGUGGUUUGUCUCCUCUUGUGGAUAAAAUAUUUCUGAACAACA